GCUCCUGUACACCGCCCGCCCGCGGCCCGUCCCGCCAUUGCUGGCAUGGAAGGCGAGAGCACCUCGGCCCUGCUCUCGGGCUUCGUAUUCGGCGCCCUCACCUUCCAGCACCUCAGCACCGACUCGGACACGGAAGGUUUUCUGCUUGGAGAUGUGAAAGGUGAAGCCAAGAACAGCAUCACAGACUCACAAAUGGAUGAUGUUGAAGUUGUUUAUACAAUCGACAUACAGAAGCAUAUUCCAUGCUACCAGUUGUUCAGCUUUUAUAAUUCUGCAGGAGAACUGAACGAACUUGCCCUGAAGAAAAUACUAUCAGGCUGUAAGAAGAGCGUAAUAGGAUGGUACAAAUUCAGACGUAACACAGACCAGACCAUGACAUUCCGGGAAAGAGUUCUUCAUAAAAACCUGCAGUCACACCUAUCAAAUCAGGGGCUGGUAUUCCUCCUUUUAACCUCUAGUGUGAUGACAGAAAGUUGUUCUACUUACAGACUGGAACAUGCUCUGCAUCGGCCUCAGGAAGGACUUUUCCAGAAAGUUCCUUUGGUGGUCACCAACCUGGGCAUGGCAGAACAGCAAGGUUACAGAACAGUGUCUGGUUCCUGUGUAUCCUCUGGUUUUGUGAGAGCCAUGAGACAACACAGGUCAGAAUUCUUCCAUGAAGAUGGGUCCCUACAGGAGGUUCAUAAGAUAAAUGAGAUGUACGCCACCUUGCAGGAGGAACUGAAGAAAAUAUGUAUUACAGUAGAAGUCAGUGAACGAUCUGUAGAGAAACUCUUAGCAGAGGUGAGCCAAUUAAAAGAAGAAAUAAAGAGGAAAAAGCAACAAAAUUGUUCAGGAGAAGACAAAAACCACCCAGUGGAGCCAAAGGAGAAUGUUCUCCUUUGCCAGGCACUACAAACAUUUUUCCCCGAUUCCAGAUUUCAGACAUGCAUUGUUUCUUUCAAAGGCCAACAGAUAUCCAAGAACUGCUGUAACACAGACCAUCAUAUUAAUGUCAUGGACAAACUGACUCUCAUGGUAGAGGAAAGAGACUUCACUGAAGCUAGGCAUCUAAACAAGCGUAAGGGCAGGGAGACCACAUCAGUUUCAAAGUCAUUCAAGAAGUCCAGAUCAUUGCAGCUUCACCAAGAACCACUUCAAGACCAAGAGGACAGUGACCAGGAAAGGAAGCUUACACUGAGUAGCACUGAAACAGAUGAGGAUGUGUUUGAAGAAAACAGAGAUGCAAAGGAAUACCCACACUCUCCUACUUUCUGAUCUGUCAGAUGACUUCAUGCCAAAAGCUACUGCUGGUGUAUUCCAGUGAUGUAUCAAUCUCUAGCACUGCAAGGAUGGAUGUAACAGGGCAUUUUUGCAGGUUGUAUUUUGUUGUUUUUUUUUUCCCAGUGCACGAAUCCUGUUCAGCAUAAAGAUAAAUCCAAGAUGACAUUCCCUCACUUUGCCUUCCAGAGUUCCAUGUGUCUUCUCUCUCUCAGGGUUCAAGGCCUAUGCUACAGGAUGCUACCAGUGAGAUAAGUAUGUCAUAGGCUGCCUCAAAGUGAUACAACUUCAAGCUGCUGGUGAAGAAACAGUGCUACCUACCCUCCUGAUGCAGGGAGAUUCAAAUGAACACGUUACAGAAUUAGCUGUCUACAUGAACUGCCACCAUUUAAAUACAUUAUCCUCAGGAAACCAGUGCCUGUUUACUUCUCCACAUCUUACAACCCAGCAAGGGGAAAAACAGCCACCUGAGCUUCAGCAAGACUGGUGAGCAGAGGAAGGGGUUCACAGAACUGCCAGUUUCUAUUAUUGCUUUAAUCUUCCUUCAGACAAUAACUUUC